ACUGACUUCUCACAGGGAGCAGCAAGCGAUGUCAAAGCCUACUGGUGAUCCGGCUUGUCAUUCUGGCCCGGAGGGGAGUGGCAGACCUGGGAAGAAGCACUUUAAAAGAGACUGAGGAAGUGAACCUGUGAUGCCACUGCAAGGCAGCCCUUCAGCUAAAGCCAAUUACUUAUCCAGCCACCUAGAGAUUACAAGGAAGAGCACCCUGAGGUGAAACAAAGGAGAGAUGAGGGGGACGGCAAUGAGCAGACUUGGGCUGUUCGUGUUCAGUGCAAUUCUGGCCUCUGCUCGUGCCCUCACUGUGGAAGCACCUGCCAAGCAGAUACAGGUGGCGCGGGGAAGGAACGCGACCCUCCGCUGUAAUUUCAAAACUCAGGCUUCUGCUGACAGCGGAGACCUUGUUGUCUGGAAGAAAAUCACCAGUCCGAUCGACGCUGUCACGAGGUACUUCGAUGGACUCGUACAGUACGGCGAGGGCUACGAGAACCGUGUCCAGUUCAGUGGUGACGUGAACAGUGGGGACAUCAGCAUCACCAUCAGCGAGGUGACCAUGGAGGACAACGGGACGUACGUGUGCAGCGUCCGCCUGAGGAACGACCCCCCCCGGCAGAGCGCGGUCCUGUCCCUCUACGUCCUCGUUGCACCAUCCAAGCCAGACUGCAGGAUCCUGGGGACACCACAGUAUGGACAGACAAUCAAUCUAACCUGCGUGUCUCAGGAGGGUUCCCCAAAGCCCAAAUACACCUGGAAAAGCUUCAACGUACAAAAUGAGCCCCGUGCACUAGAAAACACAGUAGGGGAACAAAUAACUCUGAAGAACGUCUCAGCGGAUACCUCUGGCUUCUACAUCUGCACUUCAACAAACAUUGUGGGGACAGAGUUUUGCAACAUGACGGUCAGCAUUGUGCCACCAUCCAUGGACAUCGCUCUGUACGCCGGGAUCAUCGGCGGAGUCAUCGCUGCGAUCGUAGUGAUCGGGAUCUUGGCCUACUGCUGCUGCUGCCGGGAGAGCAAGGACACUGACUACGAGAUGACGGUGCAAGAAGAGAGGAAUGAACCCUCCAAAGACAUGCCAACGAGGCAGCAGAGCGCAGAGGAGGAUGAUGCAAAUGCAUGAAGAAAGAAGCAGGAGGCCAAUGCCAUCUUCAGGGUUUGCUGAGGCACAGACAUCGCUGUAGAAAAGAAAUCAGUCCCUCUUUCUUACUGCAAGAAAUGAAUAAUAAAAUGAAAGCUAAUGGCUCUGCCUUCAAGUUCUGGGAGAGAACAUCCUUGUUUCCCUGCAAAGAAGUGCUUUAUGUACAAUGACUGCUAAUACGUAACCUCACAGCAGAAAAAUGCGUGUGGAGCACUGUUUCACCCAGUCAUCCAAAAAUAACCAGUCUCUUUAGACUCCCCCACUUUCUGAAAAAAGAAACCAGUCAGGUCUAUUUGGAGAACAGAGUUGCUGCUGUAUCCCCAGCUCUGGAGAUGGCUUCAAGGUCACCAACUGCAAUUCAUCAAGGAAGGGAGGUCUUGUUUACGGUGCCGUGCAAAUGUCACAGCUCACAGCAUUGUCCAGUGCAGCAGCUUCUUCUAUGGACGUCGAAGCAAGAUGAUUUUUAAGGACAUUUUAUUAAAUGCGUUCUUUGUAUAUAUUAUACAUGCACACAUAAAUAAAGAUAUGGGAAAAAAACCAUAGAUGACCAAUGGGAGUCCCCUGUCUAGGACAACGAUGCACAGUAAUCCAUGGGUAAGAAGUUAGAUGGACUUGUAAUUGGCAGCUAAUAAGAUCCAGAAACAGGCUAAUAGCCUACAUACUGUCAGAUUCCCGAAUUUCUGAGUUCAGAGAGUUCCUAAAUACUAAUUUUCAUCAUGUUAUUCUUUCCUCCCAACUGCUGCACGGGCAAGUCAGAAAUCAUCCCCUGCUCCUGCUGCUGCUUCUGAAAAAAUGACAGUGUGAGAGGGUGUACACAGCAGGUACAUCUUUAUCUAAGAAAAAAGUAGGGGGGGGGGAGGGAGGGAAGAAGGAAAAAUACCUUUUUAUUCAAAACUGUAACAAUUUAAUCAGAAGCACUUUAUGCGCAAGAUGUGUGCAGACAGGGAGAGAACUCCUACCACUGGUAUCUUUGGAAGAGAGUGGACUGUCUGUCCAAAAGACUG